AGGAAAUCUGUCUUUCUGAGGAAACAUUAGUUCAUUAGACACUGACAGAGAAACAGCAAAAUGUCUGGUUUCAGAUGGAUUAAAAUGUCACUAUUUCUGAUGCUGCUUCAUUUUGCAGCUGUAACUGGACAAUACUCGUCCUUUGUUGUCAGAGAUGGAGAUGAGGUCACUUUGCCUUGUGAAAAUGUGACAUACAACCAGAAUGAAUGUGAACAUACAAACUGGCUCUUCAGUGGUGCAGGAAACACACCACCAGUAGAGCUGGUUGGACUUGGGCAGAUUCACAAAAAUGCUAAAGCUAAAUCAGACAGACUGAGCGUUACAGCGAACUGUUCUCUGCUUAUAAAGAAGGUCACAGCCCAGGAUGUUGGUCGUUACAGCUGCAGAGAGCUAAAGUUAGGACAACAACAAGGUCAAGAUGCUCAUGUUUAUCUGUCUGUUAUUAACAUUGAUGAAUAUGAGGACCAUGAAAAGGUGACAUUUUCCUGCUCUGUGUCGACAUAUGGAUGGUGUUCACAGAGAGUGAAGUGGCUGUUUAAGGGUAAAGAUGUGGAUAAAGAUAUCAGAGAUGUGAAGACAUCACAGGAUUACUGCUUGGCCAAUGUGCUCUUUAUGACUUCUCAUUACAUUUACGCAUCAAGGUAUAGAUUAUUUAUGUGUGAAGCGACCAAUAUUUACACUGGAAAAGUGCAGCAGUUUACCAUCAGCCCUGAGUGGUCAGGUGAGGAUGCAACAACAGUGAGAGCAACUGAAAAAAGUUCAAAAGCAACAUCUGCAAACGACGAUACGACAAAACCACAAGGUUGGUGGAGAUUCAUCAUUUUGUCAGUGGGUUUAGCAGCACUCGUAAUAGGUGUUGUGGCUGUCAACAUGUGGACGAGAAGUAAAGGGAAAAAAACACAGAUGGAUGAAAACACUGUGCAUAAUGAAGAAGAUGGUGGCACAGUGUACUAUGAAAACCUGGGAGACCUUUAUGCCUCUGUCACACUCCACUGAUCAAAACUGAUUGCAUUUAUACUGUGCCUUUAUCAAAAUCUUUGGCCGAGUACAGACAGUGGGUGCAGCCAAUUGCUAUUGACCACUGCCUGAAUUGAAAGAUGGAUGAAAAAAACUAAUUACUUGUUUUGAAUUCCCAGUACUUUAUGAUAACAAAUUGUCCACAUAGAGACCAGAAAAGAAAGAUAUGUGUACACGCCUUAACCCUAAAGCUCUCAGCAUGGUCUGUGUGGCAACCAGUGUGCCAUCUCCUCUGCAGGUCUGUGAGCACUGUCUGCUUUUUGUUUAUUAAUUAAUGUAUAAAUACUCAUGCAAGCAGCGCUCUCAUGUGUUAAGAAGUUGCCAUUGCUCUCCGACACUGUAGUGGGCGCUGUGGACCAAUCUACAGCAAUACACAGGAAGGCCACUGUAAAAGAAGAAAGCAGCCGUAUCAUAUACAUUAUUUUCUCAACACAUUUAUGGUGGCGGUGUGUUUUCUUCUUGCUUCCUCGUUCUUCCCGACUUCAUAAAUACAUUGGUUUCAUCAUCAACAAGGAGCCGCACACACUGGUCGCUUCAAAUUAGGAGAGAUGCACACUGUGUCUGUGUGCCGUCCGCAAUUAUGUAAUAGGAUUGCAGGGCCACACGCUGUUUGUUGAGAGUCUAAUAUAUUCUUAUGAAUUAUUCAUUGUGUGCUUUAAUGAUCUGAGCUGUAAUGCAGUCAGUAACAGUCUUCACUUUAUUGUAACGGAUACAAAUAUCACGUGCGAAUUAAAAAAAAUAAAAAACA